AUCGCUCGGCACGUGUUGCCGCUGAACCCGAAACACAAACACAUUUCUCAUUUAUCAAUUUGCCCUACACAAAGUGGAUAUGGUUGAAGUUGAUAAUCCUCCGGCAGCUGGAGAAACAGGUCCACGUCUUAGCCGGCCAAACCCCUCUGAUAACCGAAAAAUGGCACACACAAAAACGGAUUGGAAUCAGUUCAAGCAGGAUAGAAGGCAGCUCAGAUUGCAACGCAAACGUCGCCGCGGAUCCUAUGAUAUCUGCUUGAAAGUGAAGCAAAUGUAUGAAGUGCUGAGAUGUCGUACCGCCACCGAUAAGCACAUAUUGGUAGAGAAAAUGUAUGCAAUAUUGGAUAUCGACGACAUGAUAUUGAAGAUGAUCGUGGCUCACGAUUCCUCCCGAGUGGUUCAGUGUAUGCUAAAGUAUGCAACACCGGAGUUACGGGAGAAAAUAUCGAACAAAUUAAUUCCGAAAGCCGCGGAGCUGUGCCAGUCAAAAUAUGCACACUUCUGUAUAAAUCGAAUGUUGAAGUAUGGAUCACCUAACACUAAGAAAUCAUUGGUCAAAGCUUUAUACGGUAAUGUGGUCCGUCUAUGUGGUCAUAAAAUCGCUAGCAAGAUCAUGGAUUACAUAUACUUGAAUGGGAAUUCGAAGGAGCGUCGCUAUCUGCGCCAAGAGUUCUACGGAGAUCUUUAUAAAUGGGCCAAGGAUGACAAGGUGAAGUGCCUGAAAGACACAUUUGACAACUCACCUAAUAUGAAAGCCUCCAUAAUUGGCGCUGUGAAAGCCAAUCUGGAGCAUAUUGCCAAUAAGGAGCUAUUAGAUAACUCUUUGGUGCACGCCGUUUUGCUCGAGUACAUAACGGUCACCGACGAGGAGAAACUGGAGGAGACUGUCACCCCUCUGGCUGCUUACAUACCGUAUAUGUUAACCACUAAGGAUGGCGCCGAGGCGGCGAUUUUAUGUUUCUACAGCUCUACUUCGAAAACUCGUAGAGCUGUCAUAAAGAAUAUCAAGGAACAUUUGCUAAAGAUCUCCAUGCACGAGUAUGGCCAUACUUUUCUGAUCGCCUUGUUAAAUGCAUUAGAUGACACGAAGGCUAUCAAAAAAUCUAUUUUUGAUCCCUUGUAUGGUGAACUGAAGACUUUGGUGUCAAAUAACUACGGACGUCGUGUUGUCCAGUGGAUGGUGGCCCCUGGCGAUACAUCCUGUUUCCAUCCCAGCUUCAUUGAGACCAUUGAGUUGGGCUUGAAGUUCGGCAAGAAGGACAAAGCGACGCGUCGUCAAGAGAUCUUGGAUCAGGUGGAAGCUCCUAUUUCUCUAGCUAUGGCAGAGGAUCCUGCCUUCUGGCUGUCCAACAAUCAUAUUGGACUCGUCACUGCAAAUAUAUUGAAGCAUCUUACUGGCGAGCAUUAUGAGAAAGCCGUCACAGCUUUGGCUCAGGUUAUAGCUGAUGUCAAUUGGCGUAUUGCCGACGUAUCCGACGAGGGCGAGUUGAUUAAGAAAAAGCCGCAGGAUGUGGAGACUUACAUAUCCAAUACAAUAGAAGAGCGCAAGAAUAAAAAUAAAAAUAAAAAUAAGCUCAAKUCUGCUGCUCUUGCGCUGAUCAGCUCGGAUGAGGAGGCCGAUGCCGAGGAUAAGAAGAAGGAGGAUGUAAAUGAUGAGGAGGAUGACAAGGAAGAGGGGGAUGAGGAGGAGGGCACUCCAGCCAAAAAACCGAAAAAGGCAGAGACCUUGGACGCCGUAAAAGAGACCUUGACAGUCGAAGAGGAGACCCCGGCCAAGGAAGAGGAGGCUGUCCCAUCAGUUAAUGGAAUAGAGGAUGCUGGCAUGCAUCAUGUAAUAAAGAAGAUAAUUCGUAGCGACCUGAAGCGCGAGUCUACUCCAUUUGGCAACCAGUUAUUCAAUCAUCUUAAUACCGAUGUGCUUAAAUUCUGGCUGGGUAUUAAUCGUGCUUGUUUCAUUCUCGUCAAGCUAGUGGAGAAUUCGCCAGAUUUGCUCAACAAAUGCCGCAUUUUGUUUAAGGAGGAGAACCUGUCCCAAAUUCUCGAGGAUGCUCAAUCAUCAGGAGCUAAAUUGUUGUUGAAAAAAUUAAAGGAAUAGAUAGAUAGAUAUAUGAUAACAUAUUCAAUGGAGUAG